UUGAUAAGCCAAUUUUCUGUAUUUCCUCGACAUGCGAUAUUUAACACGAUAUUGUAAAGGUUGGCUUUUAGGAGGAAAACGGUCGUUCUUUACCAAAAAGAAGUUUGAUUUGGGAACGUGCAAUCUCGUCGAGCCAGGAAAAGUUUCACCGGAACGAACGAUUCCAGACCACAUUGCCAAACCAGAUUAUUAUUUCGUUCGAAACUCUCCUUCGGCUACUGAUGGACAGGGGGAAAUUAAGAGUGUAGACCAAAUUCACGGAAUGCGAGAGAGCUGUCGGUUGGCCGCAUCCAUACUUAAAAAGACGUGUGAUAUCACGCAAGAAGGUCUGACUACCGAUGAAAUUGAUGCCUUUGUGCAUAAUGAGGUAAUCAAAGCGAAUGCCUACCCUUCACCGUUACGAUACCUGGGGUUCCCAAAGUCAGUUUGUACAUCCGUUAAUAACGUGGCAUGCCACGGUAUCCCAGAUGAUCGUAAACUCAUGAACGGGGAUAUUGUUAAUAUAGACAUAACGAUUUAUUACAAAGGAUAUCAUGGUGAUUGCUCUAGAACAGUGCUAGUAGGAAACGUCGAUGAACGAGGAUGUUACCUUGUAAAUUCUACGGAAGGAAGCCUCAACGAGGCUAUUCUAUGCUGCGGACCGGGUCAACCGCUUUGUGUCAUAGGAAAGUCGAUCUCCAGGUUUGCCAAGCGUAGAAAGCUGAAUGUGAUGCCAGCAUUCCUUGGGCAUGGUAUUGGAAGCUAUUUUCACGGCCCACCUGAUGUGUUUCAUUUUAAAAAUAAUUUUCCGGGGGUAAUGCGACCAGGGAUGACAUUUACCAUCGAGCCUGUUCUAACUCUGGGUGAUAUAGAAGCGGAAGUAUUGGAAGACGCUUGGACUGCUGUAUCCGUUGAUAACGCUAGGACUGCCCAGUUUGAACAUACGAUAUUAAUAACCGACGAUGGUUGUGAGGUGCUCACUUUGCCCGAUUAGCACCAGAUGUUCUUAAAUUGGCCAUAAAAUCUAGUUUUUGGAAUGUCAAUAGCAUAUUAACAAGAUUAAAGCUUUAUUUUAUAUUACUGGACAUUUCCAUUGCGAUUUAC